AUGAUCACAGAGGCGGCAGACAAUGAAAGGAAAGUAUCCGCGGUCUUUGAUGCAGAGAAUCCGGACGCUGGUGGUUUGAAAUCAUUCGGGAAGGCGCACCAGCUUUACCAGGCCUGCAAGAAGUUCAAGGAAAUGCCGGAAACUGGCCGCCUAUUCCGUGAGUAUGCUGUUGACAAAUUCCACUGGUUGCCGUUGCUUCAACUUGGCCAUGGCUCGGAGAACCCGAAUUUGAUGGCAAUUCUGACGUCGAUGACCACCGCCGAAGUCCUGCCGUUCGUGAAGAAGGAAAUUGAGCGGAAAGGAGUGAUCACGAUUUGGCUGGACGAUUACGGUCUGCGCCUCGAAUCACGCGAGGAGUUUGUGGAUCGGUUAAAGAAUGAUCUAAACAUCACGGCUGAUCUGCUUGGCACCUCGGUGAAGUGGGGCGACGCUGAUGUGCAGCGACAAUUCGAGGAGCUGGUCAAUUUUCAGAUGAAGGUUGAUAAGAUCGGCGAGGCGGCCGAAAGUUUGAAGCCAAUAAAAAACGUGACGUUCGGCAAGAUCCAGACUUUCACAUCCCCGGUAUUAUUCUACCAG